GAUUUAUCUCCAAGGGGAUAGAACACAAGGGAAGCAUCUAGAGACAGAACCUUGGUCCGUGUAUAUACGUAGCCACUUGUCUUUCCUUUUCCUCGAAUCCUCUGUUUCUGAUUUCUGGAAUUAAUUCUCGUUGAACGUUGGAAAAUGAGUUGCAGUCGACAUCCUACGGUGAAGUGGGCGCAAAGGUCGGAUAAGGUUUACAUAACAGUGGAGUUGCCAGACGCUGAAGAUGUAAAGCUUAAGCUUGAGCCUCAAGGCAAGUUCUUUUUCUCUGCUACAGGUGGAGCCAGCAAGACAAAGUACGAGGUGGACCUCGAUCUGUUCGACAGUGUCGAUGUGAAUGAGAGCAAAGCGAGUGUGAGCUCGAGGAGUGUGUGUUACCUGGUGAAGAAAGCAGAGAGCAAGUGGUGGAACAGGUUGAUUAAACAGGAAGGGAAACCUCCUGUGUACUUGAAAGUUGAUUGGGAUAAAUGGGUUGAUGAAGACGAAGAUGACAAAGAUAUGGACUUUGGAGAUUUUGAUUUCAGUGGUCUGAACAUGGGAGAUAGUGACGAGAUUGGAGACGAAGUGAGGAGGUGUUUUCCUGCUGUUGUUGCAGAGGAGGAUAGUGAGCUAGAGGGUGAAACUGUGGCAGAGACAAAAGAAACGAAGGACAUUGUGGAAGAAGGCAACGGAGAGAAAGAUGAAGAAGUAGAUGUGAAGAAGGAUUGAGCUUCAUGUUAUUCUAAGAUUUCUCUACUACUGUUUUUACUUGAAAUGGGUUUUGUAGUGGUAUGAAGGACAUAGUUUCAACUUUCAAUGAACCUUCUCUUCUUUU